AUGGACAACGACAGUGAUCAGGCUCAGGCCUACGACCAAUUCCAAAACUACGACGGAAGCGAGGAACACAAGGCCAAACUAAGCCAUGAGCUGAUUGCUGGCGCUGCCUCCUAUGAGGCUGCCAAGGCUUAUGAGGAGCACGUUGCUCGCAAUGGUCAGCCUGCUAGCCACGCCGAGGCUAAGGAGAUUCUCGCUGGAUUGGCCGGCGCUUUCAUUGACCGUGAAUUCGAGUCCAAGGGUCUUGACUUCCUUGACCGAGAGGAGGCCAAGAGACAUGCUGAGCGUCAGCUGGCCGAUGUCUCCUCUCAGGAUUACUAG